AUGUUCUUCAAACACACCAACGGCUCGUACAAGCGAGUGCCUAUCAUGCAGAACAGCGCUUUGCCGAACGGUAUCAACGGUGGCAUGACCAUCUACUACACACAGCAAGACUUCAAUGGGAAUGGUAACCAGAAGAUUACUGCUUUUCCCAAGGGCUUCCGAAUGACUGUAGGUUCGCCUACAACCAACACGGUAGAAGACGCGAAGAAACACCCAGGUCUUCGCUUCGUGUGUCUGCAAGACAAGAACACCCGCUUCCCCGAGAGCCCAGACUUCCCACCCAAGGCCUGCAAAGGUGGCAUCAUGACUGUGCACCACUUCCCCUCUUGCUGGGACGGCAAGAACGUCGACUCGCCCAACCACCAAGAUCACAUGUACAAUACAGCCAAGGAAGCCUUCGCUGUCGCUGGCGCAUGUCCGUCUUCGCACCCGGUGCGCAUGCCACAAGUUGCCUAUGAGACACUCUGGGAUACUACUCAGUUCAGCAACAUGUGGCCCAAGGAUGGCUCCAACCCUUUCUUCCUUUCUUACAACGACAACAAGGGCUAUGGUACCCAUGCGGACUACCUCUUUGGCUGGAAAGACGACAGUCUACAGAAGGCGAUGGACAACAACUGCAUGUUCCAAGCUUGCGAGAAUGGAAGACCUUUGAAGAGUCAGAAUGUUCAGGCCAUGAACCAAUGCCAAGUCAAGAGCGCUAUCAAGGAGAAUAUCGAUGGCUGGCUUGACCAUAUGCCCGGUAUGGCGAUGUAG